AUUUGUUCGGAGAAUUCAAUUCCAAGCAAGUGUUUGAUUACCAUCGAUCGGAAAAUUUAAAACGCCGCGCGAAAAGGUUGAAAAGAGAGAGAGAGAGAGUCGGGCAUCUCUGCUUCGACCCGGAUCGGUGGACCAGGAGGCGUUAGGGUUCCUCUCCUCUUUUUUUUCUUUCCCUGUUUAUUAAUUUCCUCCGCGUAUCUCCGAGUUGUCCGAUGAGCCGGCAUGGACGAGGGACGCGAUACCACGGCAGAAGCGUCCUCGGCCGGACGCCCGUCGCCUGAAAAUCCUCCGCACGGGCUCUUCUCUCAGCCGGAAAUCUCCCCUCCUGUACCGUUUACUUCGCCGGCGCAUCCCCUCUUGGAUGAGGGCGAGUCGCGGGGGGCUCUUGGGACUUUCAAUACCGAUCAGCGUCCCAUCCCGGAAAACGCCAUAUCAACACCAUUGAUGACGCCCGAGAUUCGAGGUCUACCAGAAGACUCUUCUUCCGUUCCCGGGACAGCUUCACAAGCCGUUCCUCAGCCGGCGGCCGAGGGCCCUUUUCCAUUGGAUACCAGAGAAUCGUCCGAGAACAUGCUAUCGGACUCUCUGACGACAACGGAAGACGUUUCAACCCUGUCGCCGGCAUUGUCCGAGCUUCAUGCUCCACAUUCUGGUACCGACGGUUUGAUGGAAGAUAUUCCUGCUACUGACCUGCAGGAUAUGCCGGAAACCGUUCUUCCGGCAGCAGAGGCGCCUACAGGGCACCUUCCCGUGGAUCCGAAUCAGCCGACAGUGGCCGCGGAACAGCCGGUGAAGCGAAAGCGAGGACGGAAAAAGAAGCUGCCGCCGCAACCCGCUCCACCGGAUCCUGCAGGCGGCCUGCGAGUUCUUCGGCGGAAGGCUAGGUCAUGUGUCUACAACGAGAAGCUGAUGGACAACAUUCUCCAGAUGCAGAUCGACGACAUGGAGGCCAAGGCGGAGAUCAAGCGCCGCAAGCUCGCCGACCUCACGAAGGAGCUGGAGAUUGAGGCAAUGAUUGCGCACUCCGUUGGCUUCUCUUCCGACUCCUUGUCAGAGGAGGAGAUCGAAUUCGGGGUGCUAGAAUCGACCGGCGGUAUCGAUCAGGCGAACUACAUAGUCGUCCGCAACCACAUACUCACGAGGUGGAGAUCGAACGUGACUGUCUGGUUGACGGAGGACCGCAUCUUCGAGUCGAUUCGGAGGGCUCACCGGUCGCUCGUGAGCUCUGCCUAUGCCUUCCUUCUUGCCCAUGGCUACAUCAACUUCGGAGUUCAACCACCCGUCCGGGAGGCUAAGGUUCGGGCCAACGUGCUGAUUGUGGGGGCGGGGCUUGCAGGUCUGGCAGCAGCAAAGCAGCUGAGGUUUCUAGGUUUCAAGGUCGCGGUCAUCGAAGGGAGGAACCGAGCUGGCGGACGCGUCUUCACAAAGAAGAUGGCAGGAGAUGGAGUGAUGGCCGCUGCCGAUCUUGGAGGGAGCGUACUUACGGGAAUCAACGGGAAUCCUCUCGGCGUCAUGGCUCGGCAGCUAGGACUUCCUCUUCAUAAGGUUCGUGACCAGUGCCCUCUGUACCGGCCGGAUGGGAAGGCGGUGAACGCAGAUGUCGAUGCCAAGGUGGAAGAGCUCUUCAAUGGUCUGCUUGACAAGGUUUGUAAGCUUAGACAAGCUAUGGGCGAGAUUGCAUCAAUUGAUGUUUCUCUUGGUGUUGCUCUUGAGACUUUCCGGCGAGUGUAUCAGGUUGCAGAGGAUAAAGAGGAAAUGAUGCUACUGAAUUGGCAUUUAGCGAAUUUGGAGUAUGCAAAUGCUGGCCUUCUAUCGAACCUUUCUCUUGCAUUUUGGGAUCAAGAUGACCCGUAUGAGAUGGGUGGGGAUCAUUGCUUCAUACCUGGAGGAAAUGAGAGGCUUGUGAGAGUCCUGGUUGAGAAUUUGCCGGUCUUCUACGGGAGAGCGGUGCAGGAGAUACGUUAUGGGUCAGAUGGUGUUCUCGUUGUUGCCGGAGGGCAGGUUUUCCGCGGUGACAUGGUUCUCUGCACUGUUCCACUAGGUGUGCUAAAGAGUGGCUCAAUAAAGUUUGAGCCUGAGCUUCCACAGAUGAAAAAGGACGCCAUUGCGAGGUUGGGAUUUGGGUUGUUGAACAAGGUGGCGAUGCUGUUUCCCCAUGUAUUCUGGAGUGGAGGUAUUGACACUUUUGGUCACCUGACGGAGGAGCCGAGACAGCGAGGCGAAUUCUUUCUGUUCUAUAGCUACGCAUCUGUGUCAGGAGGGCCUCUGCUGAUUGCUUUGGUAGCGGGAGAAUCCGCCAUUAACUUCGAGGACAUGCCUCCAGGCGAUGCUGUGAAGAGAGUCCUUGAGGUCUUGAGAGGGAUAUUUACUCCCAAAGGAAUUGAGGUUCCGGAUCCAAUUCAGGCAGUUUGUACACGCUGGGGCAAGGAUAAGUUCACUUAUGGCUCCUACUCCCAUGUUGCAGUAGGCUCAUCCGGCGAUGACUAUGAUAUCCUAGCAGAAAGUGUCGGAGGUGGGAGGGUAUUUUUCGCUGGGGAGGCCACUAAUAGACGGUAUCCUGCUACAAUGCACGGCGCUCUCCUCAGUGGACUGAGGGAGGCUGCUAACAUUUCAAGAGCUGCAUCCCGGAGGGGAAUCUCAGUCCAAGCAGAGCAAAUUAGAGGGGAAGGGGUCGAGGAAUCAGUUCUGGCGGAUCUUUUUCUUAGUCCUGAUAUGACGUUUGGGAAUUUCUCUGUUUUGUUUGAUCCAACAUGUGAUUAUCCUGAUGCGGUUUCGUUGCUGAGGUUGUCGGUUGGGGGGAAAACUUGCAGCGUAAAGCCUGAAUCUGGCAACGAUGAUGUUAAGGGGUCGCAUGCACCUCUUUCUCUAUAUUCUUUGAUACCUAAGUCACAGGCUUUGGAGUUGAGUAAUGUUCAAGGCGAUGAUAAUCGAGUAAGGUUCCUGUUCGAGAAAUUUGGUGCAAGGUUAGUCGGCCGGAGAGGAUUGGGCAGUUCGGGUGAUAAGUUUAUCGCUGCAGUGCAGUCUUCUCGACCCAAGGUUGGUCUAGCUGAUGCACCUUCGUAAAGGAUUUACAUACUAAUAUUUAAUAGCAGUAGAUUGCCAGUUAGUAUUUCCCUAUAGAGUUUGCCUUAAGGUAGCAUGUGAACUGGUGCUGCGAUUAAAAAUGGUCGCAAAAGUUCGCACUUUCUCGUAAUUGAAGCACGGGAAUUCGUCUGUGCUAUAUGUACUUUGGUGAAUCUGAUUCUCAUCAUACUUGGAAGUCUAUUGAAUUACGGGGAAAGGUGGAUUCUGUGUAGGGAAACAAUAACCAUCUGACUACUGAUUUUGAUAGAUAUGUAGAGGUGGACUCUGAUGACUACCACCUUCUCUUUUGUACAUUAGCGCACAGAAGAUUGACGACGUAUUGAACAGUUUCACGAGUAAGAGAAAUAUCAGCAUGUAAACAUUAAGCCGUUAUCUACUUCUUUUGAAGUGAAAACAUGACUGCCGGUGAAUUUCUCCUUUUAA